ACUCAGCAGGGUCUGUUCCUUUAAGACCCUCCAUUUUUUUGAAGCCUAGAGGCGGGCCUUCUCUCUAAAACAUAGGGCUAGCUCCGGCAUGUCUCAUUCAUUCCAGCUCCAGCUACCACAGUGACCAGAUCCACAGGACUUCUUAAAGCUAAUACAGACUGCAAAUCUGAUAAAUACCAAAGCCUUUUUACCGCACUUUCAUUAUAUCUCAGUAAAGAUUACAUCAGUUAAGCAAACCAGCGUGUCUUUCCUUGAGAUUCGGUAUAAACUUGAUGUGAAGCUGUGUCCACGAGACAGCGGAGACAUUAUAGUAAAAAGGCUUUUAAAACGUUAUCAGAAGCAGUUAAUCAGCUUUGAAUCGUCCGCAGCCAUAAAAAAGACUCAUAAAUCCUGUGCCCUGCAGUCUGUGUCGGAGUAAGGGCGCGAAGCACUAGAAAGUGAAACUAAUUCUCUCACGCGCUAUAACACCGCUGUGCUGUGUCCAGUCAUCAUCAUUAUCUAGCUGCCAGCUAAAUCAAGAUGCAGAACUCAGAGAACAGCACUCUGACAGUUAACCCUCAAUGCUCCUAUAAAGAGAAUGACACCUUGCCAAGAAGUAGAUCUAGGUGCACAACAUUGUCUAGAGCGUCCAGUCAAACAAAUCUAACUUCGGUUAGCGCCGAUGCAUCAAGAUUUAAACGCCAUAGUUCUAGACACUCAAGCACCACCAGCCUGUCAUCCGCUAGCGCCAUAGCAACUAAGGCAAGAGCGAAAGCAGAGGCAGCUUGUGCAAUGGCGUCCUAUGCAAAGCAGGAAGCUGAAUUGAUGAAAGAACAAGCUGAAGCACUUAGAAGAAAAGCUGAAGUGCAAGCAUCUUUACACUUACUGCAUCAGCAGAAAAACGCUGCAGCAGCCUUAGCCGAGGCAGAAGUUCUCACAAGGGCUGCUGAAGCUCAGUUCGCUGACAUAGAAACCCAGAUGUCACCCCUCAGCGCAAGCCAACGUACCCGUGAGUACAUACAGUCACAAGCAACCAUGUACACUGACCAGCAGUUCAAUGACACAUCAAGGCCAUCAUUGACUCCACCAGCAAUAAGCAACUUUGAUUAUACGCAACACUGCAAGACUGAAUCAGAACCUCAGGGUAGGAAGUCAAGUGGUCACAUCCUCAGAGAUCAAUCUGCCAACCUGACAAGAGUGCAAACGGAUGCUGAUGUACUCCCUCCUCAAGCAAAUACAAGUCUGGAUUAUAGCAGAAAGACUUACAACAGAGGAGAAGAAAGCAGACUUAGUCAAGUACCUCAUCAGCCUUACCAGCCGCAGCCAUACCCUGAGUUUACACCCAGGAAGUAUUCACCAGAUGCAGCAAGAGCUACAGAGGUAGCAAGAUUCCUGAUGCGCCGUGAGAUAGUGAGCGCUGGUCUCAUGAAAUUCGACGACCGUCCAGAAAACUACUGGGCCUGGAAGUCAUCUUUCCUAAGCGGACUUGUACACCAGGCAAUGGAAACAAGUUCAAAGUCUUGCGGACAUUUUCUGGAAGAGGUGGAGACAGGAAUACCUGGUGAUCUUCCAGCCAUGCAAGAAAUGGCAAGAUGA